GUUGUAUGCUUGUCUGCUCGUCUUGGUGGGGGUACACUGAGCUUUUAUCAAGUCAACCAAACUACAAGAUCUUUCACAACCAUUUGAGCAGUGAUCUUAGUAUCUCACCUUCCCAAAUCAACCUCCAACAUGGAUACCGAAAGCGAACGUGCACAUGCUGCGAAGCAAAUCGAAACUAUAUACAAAUACGUGACUCGGUGGAUGACAAAGGAAUGUAAAGUUGACGCCUGUGUUGACUGUUUCCUGCGACGCCUAUGUGAAAUACGAAAGCCGGUCCCCGGCUUCCAGGGGCCCGACCUCCCAGAUUUCAACUCAUUCGAGGGCGAAGAGGCGCAAAAGUUGGAGGUGAUGGUUCAGGAGCUGCGCACUAACUUCAACAACUUACAUAUUCACUAUCCAGAGCAGGAAGGUAAUCUUUUGGCCAAUGGGAGGGUCUUGAGACAUCUGAAAGGCAGAUGGAAGGUCCUGUUGCAGCAUAUGUCAAUGCUAUCAAGAACCACACCACCCGAGAAGAAAGACAAAGAAUUUAUUCAGACCAUGCAAGAUGUGCUCUUGUCGAGUCGGAUCCGACAGCUGGAUAAUUAUCUCCAGACAGACAAACCUGAAUCGUCUUCCUUGCAAGGAGGUUCAUUGGAAGAGACAUGCCGCCAGUUACGGGACUCAUUCCAGGGGGAAGCGGCUUCGACAUCUUUCGUAUGUGGAGGCGAGAUACAAAUUGGCACUUCCACGUCGCUCUCUGCGUCCCCGCCAGUGCAGAUAGUAUGGUGGGCUAGGGAGCAGCCGAUGGGAGACCGACGACUCAUCCUCCCCCUUGAUGAUGCUACCCCUGAGAGAAGUCCCGAGAGGCUUCGACGUCUUGUCGCAGACUGUGAGCCUGCAUCAUUUGGUAGAGGGCAGGAAGAUGUUCUCGAACCUGCGUAUCGCAAUGCAGGAAAGCUUGAUCCCACACAGUUUCUCACAAAUUUCCAUCCCGCUGACUUUGGCAUCAUCGAGAGUGUGGAGAAGGUCCUCCUCCCCAACGUUGGCAUCAAUGUCAAGGACUUGGUGCACUGUCGUAAGCUCACAUGGGAGCUUUACAAGUUGAAUGUCUAUUCUGGCCCAUCGGGAAUCUUUCAGAAACACGUCGACACACCCCGUGCGGAAAAUCAAAUUGCAUCCCUUGUCGUUUGUCUCCCAUCUUCGUUCAAGGGUGGGCAAUUGUCUGUCCAGCAUAACAACCGAGAAGUCGACUUCGAUUGGAGCUCCCGGAGUUCCUCUUCCAUUCAGUGGGCGGCUUUCUACACUGACUGCGAGCACGAGAUCAAGCAGAUCACCGAGGGAGAGCGCAUAACAUUGACAUACAAUCUUUAUGCGACCGAAGCAUCUAGAGAUGGUAAUGCAUCACCAAAUAACAAUGUGAUCAGUCCAGAAACACUGGCACCGUAUAGAUUUCUACGAAGUCUCGUCCAACAACCCGAUUUUAUGAAAGAAGGCGGAGUUAUAGGUUUCUACUGUUCCCAUGCCUAUCCACACACAUCAGCAGUCGCCAAGACACAGUUACCCAGUGCCCUGAAAGGCUCUGACAUUAUCCUGUACUCCAUCUUCAGAUCUCUCGGGAUGGACGUGGAUGUUCUGCCUAUUCUCGACAUUGACCCCAUUCACGAGUCCCGGUAUUAUGAUGCCUUGAUAGAUACAGUCAAAAAACGCAAAAACCUGCCGUUGUUUGAAGACAUCCCUCUCCCUAUGUCCGAAGAGGAGUACCAAGACGUCGCGCGACAGUGGAAAGUACUACUUGUAUCUCGUCGAGUCAAGGGGAUGGACCGUCUAGGGCAUUACGCCCGAGCCUGUGGUUAUCCUCUCCGCGAGGGGGAUCCGUACGCGGCGGUCAGGGAAAUAAUCGGCACGGGGCGCCAUCCCUAUCGCGCCACAAGUCUCUCGCAGGAGUACGGCAUGACCAUGGAAAAUGUCAUGUCCGACUGGUCCUCCAACUACGUAGCAGGUGUUACUUGGGUCAAUGAGCCCGCUCAUCGCGAAAUGGCGCUCAGCUACAUCGCGUAUGGGAACGAGGCUUCUAUUGAUACAAUGUACUCAUCUGCUGCUAUCUUGGCGAUCAUUCCACCCUACGAAGAGCGUCAGGCUUUGUUGUCGGAACGGGCGUAGGCUUCCAUUGGGACCAUGUACUCGCCUACUGCCAUCUUGGUAGUCAUUCCACCUUUCGAAGGGCACCAUGGUUUGGUAUCGAAACGGGCGUAAGGAGUUAUUGAUGUUUCAUGGUUUGUUACAGGAUUGCCAGAAGGAUUUUCAUAAUAGUCAUAGGAAUCAAAUGUUUGG